GUACCUAGGACGCUGGUGCGAAAGUACGCUUUGCACGACGUGGACUCCAAGCUGCCACCAACUGGAUCCAGAGCCAUGAGUGUGCAGAACCGAAUAUUUGAAAUGUUUCGAUGCACGGGGACAGAUGUACUAAGGUCGUAGUGUUGACAAAGUAGAAGUCUCAUGGAGCUGUUUCAAUGUGGCGAUAGCGCCGGGGGCUUUCAACGGCAUCUGACAGAUACAAAAUAGGAAAGUACAAACUGCGCCUAUAUGGUCGCACAUCUCCUAACUUCAAGUUUACGUGUUACGUGGCAGAGAUUCUCUUCAGCACCAACUCAUAACCUGCAUGGCUCCCCCCGUCAGGAUCGCAUCCACAGUCGCGGCCACAGCGAUUGCUGUAAGCGUACUUGUAUACUAUCGCUUCCAGUCGAGGAGAAGAGUACUAUCGCGCCACGCACAGGAUUUGAGUGUAUUACGACAGAAGCUACCUCACGAUCUAAGUGAAUGGAGGGCACCGGGAGACACUCCAGAAUGCGAAGCAAUUUGGGCAUCUUUGGAUCCAGUGCUCCAAGAUCAUGGACUGGAACAGUGGACUCAUUACGAUGACCAGGUCCUAGUUUCUCCUCAGAUCAGUUACCCGCUUGCCAGUGGGUUUGCGUACGCCCUACCAAAUCGUGGAGUAGACAACGGCGGUGGUCCUGGCACUGCAAGACAACUCACCUGGUUUCAAUAUAUCAAUCCCGUAUUGAGGAUGGCCCGUACUAAGGAUGGUCACGAUGUCGCCAUUCGGGUAAUUAUCGUCAAUAACGAUGGACAUGAACAGCUCAAGAUCCUUAAGAAAGUCGCCGCCGGCCCUUCUAGCCUGCUAAGCAACAAUCACACCCUCCCUAUGCUUCGAGUCUUCGAAUAUGAAGAUAUCACUUUCGGCAUCUUCCCUCGCACAGCCGGAUGUAUGUACGAAGCAUAUGGCUAUUGGCCGAAGAAUUCAGUGGGAGAUGUACUUGACAUGAUACUCCAGGCCUUGGAAGGUCUUGCAUUCCUUCACGAUGUGGGUAUCGCACAUCGCGAUGCAGACAAGUCGAACUUCCUGGUUCAGUGGCAUCCAGAGUCCUUACGGACCAUGUCGGUGACUAUAUCCCGACCUCGAGUGUAUCUCAUCGAUUUCGAAGUCGCAGUGGAGUUCCCAUCGGAACUCCCUAUGGAGGCGCGAGUCUCGGUAGGUCCUCCUAGUGGUGGUAGCAUUAACAUUGCAGACGGAUGGGGUCGACCAGUCCCACCUGAAGUCGAUUCAGGGAUGCCAUACAGUCCGUUCAAACUAGACGUGUGGCAGUUGGGAUAUAGCUUCAUCACUUUCAGGUCGACUGUUCCAGCCAUUGAUGAAGUCUUAGCUGAACUAGUCCUUGGUGAUCCCGUCGCUCGUCCUGGUGCAAGUGAGGCGUUAUGCAAACUGAGCAAGGUGGUUCAUAGUCUUCCACCAGAAGUCUUGCUCGUUGAGCCCGUAAAAGUGAAUAUUGAGCCCGAGGAACAUUCAACGGAACGGCACGACUCGUAGUUCCUGUUGCUAUCUGUGUCCAUCUGCUUUCCCAUCUUGUUCCAUCGUCUUUGUUAUCGCACUCCGUUCAUGUUUUCGUUGUGGAUUGCUGUAUUUGUUCAAUCCUGGUGUUUAUUAGGUUGUCUCCUUCGUAAUGCGGCUCUGUGUCCCAGUUGUUAUACCCCGGUAAACAAUCCCCGAGUGUAUAUCAUUGACUUUGAGUUCGCAGUAGAAUUCCCUCCGGAUUGCCCAGCGG